ACCGUCUCUGCGCCGCGAGGACCCCGGGCGCCGCGACGCCCGCAGUGCUGCCCCGCGAGCAAGAGCAGAUCCACCAGCAACCGACAGCCUGCAGCGCCUGCACCUCCACACCUCGCACUGCACCACCGCCCUCCCAUCACCCCACCACCCUCGUCGCCCCGCCAGUCCGCCCUGGUCCUCCGCACUCGAGAGCCAGUACUGCCCUCCGCCCAACAUGCCUUCCGUCGAGAGCAACCCCGUCUCGCGUGCUGGCAUCGCCACUUCCUCUACCGGCGAACGUCACAUUCCCUCGUCAGUGCGCCCCGACGGCUCUGUCCGCAAAGAAAUCCGCGUGCGCCCGGGCUACCGUCCGCCCGAGGACGUCGAGCUCUACAAGAACAGGACCGCCGAAGGUUUUCGAACCCGAGCCAAGGCCGGCGUGCCAGGCGCUGAGAGCCUGAAGAAAGAGGAGGACCCCGCCAAGACUAGCAACACAGCCAACAAGAACGCUAAGCGCAGAGAAGCCCGCAAGAAGGCUGCUGCUGAGAAGGAGGACGAGAAGCCUGCCGAGUCCACCAAGCCUACCGAGUCCGCCAAGUCUGACGGGCCUGUUGAGCCUGCAAAAGUAAUUGAUCCCGAGGCCGAGAAGGAGAAAGAAGCGAAGAAGCUGGUCAAGAAGUUGCGCCAAGCCCGAGAGUUGAAGGACAAGAAAGACAAAGGCGAAGGUUUGCUGCCAGAGCAGUUUGAGAAGGUUAUCAAGAUCAACGAGCUGGUUCGGCAGUUGGAGAAACUCGGGUUCGACAACCAAGGCGAAAAGAAACCUGCUGAGACUUGACGCUUGUCGCUGUUCUCCACAUCAUCAACAACGUCUCACGUUGCACUACUGCUUUGGCCUGCGGACACCAAACAACGAAACUACCCCACAUCGUGGCGCUGUUCAGCCUCGGUCGGUCACGCAUCAUCAAACGAAUGUAGCCCGUGAACCACAAUGCGGGAAUACCAGUCAGUCCACGUUAGUUUGCACGCCUCGCUCUUGGUAUCGACAGAACACUUCGUCAUUCUCAAACAAGGAUUUUUGUCUAGC